AUGUCGCUAGAGCAACAGCCGCAACCAGAACCCGCGCCAAACGGGGUUGCCAAAGAGCGCGCCAAGGAUGACAUCGCCUCGCCGCCCUUCAACGACAACAUCUCGCAGUUCCUGCCCACGGAGGUUUCCUGCAGCGGGUCCGACGUCGAGGACGAGACUGACGACGGCGGCGACGACGGUGACGUGGAAGACGCAGAUGUUGAAGACACCAACGGCACAGCCGGCACAGCCAACUCUGGAGCCAAGUUCCGCGGCAGACCUUCGUCGUGCGUCUUUGUCGCCAGUCUCGCUGCCUCCCACACGGACGACGACCUGUGCAUCUCCGUGACCGAAAGCUUCAAAAAAUUCGGCGCUCUCACGAUGGUCAAAGUGCUACGCGACCCGGCAAACAGACCCUACGCCUUUGUCCAGUACACCAACGACGCCGACGCACGGAGCGCGCUCCAACAGGCUCAGGGGUCCCUGUUGAACGGUAGAACCAUCCGUUGCGAACCCGCGCGCGUCAACCGUACGCUCUUCUUGUAUCUCAGAAACCAAUCUGAGUCCGAAUUAGCACCCAUGGCGACCAGCUCUAACCUUGGAUCGGAACCACUUGUCAUUUCAGCGCAUUCCGUUGCCGCCCUUGCAGAAAAGUUUGGAGAAGUGGAACAAAUAGUCGCUUCCACUGACGGUUUCCCUCUUAGACAUCGCGGCACUGUGCCCCACGAUAAAAGUUUUGCAUGGUUCAUUCAAUUCGCAUAUAGGGAUGACGCCAUCCGCGCAUUUGCCACUUUGAAAUCAGAUCGAGUCUGGGCUGUCGAAUGGGCCCAAAACAUCGAGGCACCUUCACAUUUGAAUAUCAUGAACAAGUUGGAUUCUAAAGACCCUAAUCGUAUCGAAGACGAUUUACUGGAUUUGUCACUCCAAGAUCAAAACGUUUCCGCUCACGAGACAGUUACCAUUGAUAAAAAAUCCAUAUUUGUCGGUCAGUUAAGUUCCACCGCCACUCAUCAGAGUUUGCAUGCCCGGUUUUCAAGACACGGCGAAAUUCUUGAUUUGAAUUUGAUCUCAAAGCCCAACAACGUUUUCGCAUUCAUCAAAUUCAACUCCGAGGAAGCCGCAGCUGCUGCACUCGAAAUGGAAAAUCACGCCAUUUUCUUGAACAAGACUAUGCACGUUCAAUAUCGGGAGAUUGGGAACCACUUGAGGAAGGUUAGUAGACGGCAACUACAACAGCAACAACAGCAUCAACAUCACCUCAAUGGCAAUCCAUCAGUGUUUCAAUCUCCUAGAUUGAAUUUGGCUCCUCCUCCAAUCAAUCUUGGGAAAAGAAAACAGUCCCAAUCUUUGACUUCAAAUCCGUUCGCUUCGAAUUCCUUUCUCAAUCAUUACUCAAAUUAUCCAAUCCAUGAAUUGCAACCAUUCACACCGCCUGUUAAUCCGAAGCUUCGCAAAAACGUCGAGAUUGCAUCCAGUACAAAUAAAACGGAAGAUUCAGAAAUUAAUAAUAGUCACUCAUUUGCCACCGACGCAACCUCCAACUCUUCUGGAUCUGCAGGUAACCCAGAUGAAUUUGCCUCGAAUUCAAAUACCUCUCGUCAUUAUUCUUCCGCUGGCGGAAUGAGUUACAAGAAAAAAUAUCACGAUUACAAAAGACGUCGCCAUCACUACAGCCACCAUAAUUUUGAUCCUUACUGUUACCCCCAGUUUUAUUAUCCGUUAGAGUAUUCUAUGGCAGGUGUAUCAUCCGUACCACCACCAGCACCACCACUACCACCAGGAACAGCGGGUAAUCAACCAUAUUUCAUGUACUAUCCCUUCACACCCAGAAGUGGGAUAGAUUACGGUGAAAUGCAAGCAAUCCUUAUGAACCACAUUGGCACUCCUAUGGGCCCUUCCAUGGUUCCGCCACCAUUUUCUGGACCCGAAAUCCCUUCUGAAGCUGCUGUUUUCGGCGAUCAACAGCGCGUUGAAAAACAAGUUUUAGAAUAUUGA